CGAUUUCUCGGAAAUAGCGUCACCGUGAAUGUUCCAGUAAAGCCAAUCGACAGCUGGUCAAGAGGAAUUCGCCGUCGUCUUCUGGUGGAACCGACAAAUCUUCCAGUAAAGCCAAUCGACAGCUGGUCAAGAGGAAUUCGCCGUCGUCUUCUGGUGGAACCGACCUCCGAAUCUCUUCACCCAACACUUCCACUCGAAAUGGAAGUAAUCCCAACAAUGUUGAUCUUUUGUCUCUCCAAUGCCAGUAAAGCCAAUCGACAGCUGGUCAAGAGGAAUUCGCCGUCGUCUUCUGGUGGAACCGACCUUCGAAUCCUCGCGUCAGCAUGA